AAUCUACCAGUUCAGUCGUGUAACUUUAAUAAUGGAAUUUGCCAUACAAAAUAUUGUGAAGUAUUACAAUUUUUACUGCGAUGAGCAAACUAGUCCAAUAACGCGAGAUUGGUUUCUAGUUGGGAAACCUUUUCAAGUAAUAUGUCUUUUGGGCUUCUACUUUUACUUCUGCACGCACCUCGGUCCUCGUUUUAUGAAACAUCGGAAUCCCUACGAUGUGACCAUUUUUAUGAAACUUUAUAAUAUAGCUCAAAUACUCUUAAGUAUAUAUAUGAUAAGCCAGGGUACAACGUAUAUUCUGUUUUAUAAUUUCAAUAUGAAUUGCCAAGGAUUAGAAACUGAUGAAGAUACAGCACGAUGGAUGGCUCGUGAGGUAUGGACUUAUUAUAUGAUAAAAAUAUCAGAAUUAUUGGAUACUGUACUAUUUGUGUUAAGAAAAUCGAACAGACAGAUAACGCCUCUCCAUUUACACCAUCACAUGUUGAUGACAGUUUCAGCGUGGUUCGCAACUACAUAUGUUCCAGGUGGUCAAGGAAUUUUGAUAGGCUAUGUUAACGCUUUUGUACAUAUGAUCAUGUACACAUACUAUUUCAUUGCUGGAUGUGGUGACAAGUACAAAAAGUAUCUGUGGUGGAAGAAACAUGUGACGGAGCUGCAAUUGGCACAAUUCGUUUUUCUAGAAUUACAUAGUAUAAAUAGUUUGUUCUACGAAUGUCAAUAUAACCUAAUUUACAAGUUAUUAACAAUAUUUUAUGCAACAUUCUUUAUAAAAAGCUUUGGUUCGUUUUACUAUAAUAAUUAUAUCAAGAAAGUGAAAUGAUGGAAUGAAGAUGCAACACUACGCUUCAAUGUCAUACCUACACAAACUAACUAACUUAUACACACAGCGUUUAAUAUCAUUUUAAUGUGUUUGUGCUACUUAAAUGAAUAUAUUUACAUUAAUGAUAAUAUGCCUAAAAAUUAGUAUUUAUUUUUUUAUUUUUUCUUUAUUCGGUUCACCAACAGCUUAUAACAUUUGUAUAUAUCUAUAAAUAAUAAUAAUAAUAAAAUUGAAGCUUGUAAGUACUCAAA